AUGGACACCUACAUCCUCUCGUCCGAGCGCCAGUCGUUUUCCAAUUCUCACCCCCACGUAUCUCCAAUGCCCGACGAAUUUGCGUCCCAGUCCCAAUAUAGCCAGGGGCCGCCAUUUUCGUUCGCCUAUGACUACCAGUCUCAGCCCGCCAUUCCCGACCCUUCAUCCUACCCAUCUCAAUAUAUACACGGCAUGUAUGCGUACCCGUCCUACCCGCAGCCAGAGCAUUCAGAUGCGUAUGCAUACCCUGCGCACACCCACCUCUCGUAUCAUGAUCCCUCCGAGUAUAUCUUUUCUCUACCCGAGCAAUCCAACCAGUACAUACAAGAGGUUCCCCUUCACGCUCCGGUACCCCUCUCUGGCAUUUCGCCUUUCAUGUCGUCGGAGAUUUCCCUUGCACCGGUGACCAUGGCUCAUGCAAACACAUCCGUGCCCGAGACCGCCAACUCCACAGACAAACCGCAAUUUAUCCUCCCCGGUUUGGCGCAUGAGGCUGCCGCCGAGAAUGCCGCGCCUCUGGCCGACCAGAAUCCGCUGGUUGUCUUCGGUAGCCUUCCUCGUACCAUGUUCCCCACGCCCUCUGAGCUCCUCGCAGAGCUCAAUGCGCGCGACUCGAGCCACUCUGGCGCUACAGCCACUGGCGCCGAUGCAGCAAGCUCAGAGGUCGCCGCGGCCGCGGGGUGCUCGGGUGCCGGUGCAGCGCGGAACGCAGGCAAAGCAGAUGAUGAAAGUGCUGCCCCCGUGCUCCCGAAGCAGCCAGAGACGCAGCGCAAGGCGUACUUUCGUGCGGUCGCCGAGAGCAUUGGCUUCGCACCGACAGACCCGGACACCAUUACGUCGCACGACAAGAAGCGGAGCUAUCUAGAAUGUCUGGAGCACUACGUGCAGUGGCUUCACGAGCAGAUUCGCCUCGCGGGACAUGAGCCCAUCCCUUUGGAGCGCGUCUCGACGUACCGUGGACUCAACAGUCGGUCUAUCCGGACGAUCCUUGUGCGCAUGCAGGAUGUCAUCCGGGACCUGAAUGUGCAGACGUUGGAAGAAGAGCGCGAGUUUGCAAACUUGCAGAUGCAGGCGUCGGUGCAGCAGGCGACCGGGGACGUGCAACAGCUGCGGCGCCAUUCUAUUCCUGCAUGCAGGAUGUCUGGCGCAGGACUGACGCAGCCGUUUCUGCAAGGCCACACGGGGAACUGA